AUGUCCUCCCCCUCGACCUCUUCUACCAUUCCAAGGGUCCGGUUAUUCCGUAAUCGCAAUCGACCCCGGAGUCAAAUCGACAUCCGAGUGGGAAGCUCUCACAUAGUAGAAACAUUGUUGCAUUUACGACGAGAGGACUAUCCUUGGUACCUCGCAAACGAAGAAGAAAUCAAUGAAGAAUUCUUGGAACUCUUGCAAGAGUCUAUCAUUCCUCGAAUGUUUGAUGUCGAAUUGGAAGAAUAUCACAAUCAGUUGUCACCUGAAUUGAUGCCACUACCCGAAGACCAAGUGGGAAGCAAGAAUACCAAAUCUCUCAACAUGGCGAUUGCUAAUCAGAAAGGCAGGAAUAAUCGCAAAGGCCGGAAAAAGAAAAUCUCGAAAACCGAAAGUCAACAGCAACAAGCCGAACUGAAACAACAACGAACUCAAGAAAAGCUUGCCAAAGAGAUAUCCUACGCGUUUGGGUCCACGAUUCAAAUGGCCUAUCGAUUGCAGCCUCUCAAUUCCAAGAGUGGUCAGGCCUAUGACCAACGCACCUUGCUCUUUCCCGAAUCAUCGUCAUCGUCACUUCCGAAUGAAUCAUCCUCUUUGAAUGGCGAUAGUAGUACAAAGAAAGGCACCAAGAAUUCCGAUGCGGCGAUUGCUCAACUCCGAUUCCCGUGUCCUGUCAAGUUGCCACAACGAAUAGUCAUUUGGAUUUCCAAAGUAGAUCCUCAUGAUCAAACAAAUCCUGACCCCAAAGGAGUUGGAUUCUAUCGACCGGAGUUUAUUCCAAUUAGCUCGUUAUUUCGAAAACCAAAAGAUGAUGAUUCUCUGGAUGAUAGUAGUAGUGAUGAUGAUGGUGAGGAGGAUGCAAAAUCCUGA